AAAAAAUGUAUAAUUAGGGCGUUAAUAAUUUAUUCUAUUGCUCAGGGUGGCAAAUAUUCAAUGGGAGGAAUAUGGCAUGGUAUUUUCAAAGAGUGAUGAUGAUUCUUGUAUAUUAUAUGAUUUAAUUCUAAGACAAUAUAUAACAUUAUUGGAUGAUCCUAAGAUGCUUUCUUUAGCAGAAAAUAUAAAUCAGAUUGCCACAUACAAGGAGUUUGUUAUGGGAAAUGUGUUAACAUUGGGUUUACAUUUAGUUUCUGGAUUAGUUGAUCCAGUCAAUGAUGAUAAAUUUUCAACAAAACUACAAAUUUUAUUGUCUAAUGUAGAAAAUAAUGCAAUCAAGGAUUUUCAUAGUAAUUUGAUUAACAAUGAAGAUUUGCAUAUUAAAGCUAUUAAGUUAUUGUCUAAAAAACAGUUUGUUGAAGCUAUAGAUAUUUGGAAAAAAAUUAUUGAAAAAAAUCCCAAAGAUUUAUUAGCUGUUAAAUUAUGUCAUGAUGUUUGUUUUUAUAUGUGUAACAUGGACAAAAUGAUUAAUAUUUAUAUAUUAGUCACUAAAUAUUUGGAUAGAAACCACCCUUUAUAUAGCUAUAUACUAGCCAUGUUUGCUUUCGCAAAAAUUGAAUUAUUUUGCUAUCAUGAAGCCGAAUCUUUAGCAAGAGAGAGUCUCAUUCUAAACCCUUUGAAUGCAUGGGGCACUCAUUCAUUGAUUCAUGUAUACACCAUGCAGGCAAAUAUAGAUGAUGGUAUAAAUUUCCUAGUUAACACACACUCUGAUUGGAAACAAACCCAAUUUUUGGCUUGCCAUUUAUAUUGGCACAUGGGCUUAUUAUAUCUUGAAAAGAAUGACGUAGAUACGGCAUUCGAAAUUUUCCAACGCCAAUUAAAAGUAAGAGUCAAAGAAUCUCUCGCCCUUUUCCACCUAACGGAUGCUGUAUCCUUGUUAUACAGAAUAAACCAUACAGCCAAUAUCAAUACUCGUAUAAAAUCUUGCCUUCCUUUUGAGUGGUCAUUUUUAGCGAAAGAGAUAGCCUCGAUCAUUGCUGGAUUAAUACUCAAUGCUAAAAAGAGUUUUUUAUGUCCCACAAAUCUUGAUAAAAUACUGUUUAUUCAUGACAAUUAUAAUUUUGCUAAAUCUAAAUUCUGA